AUGGGUAUCCAAGAUGACUUUCCUGAUGUCCACUGGAUCUGGAAAGGAGGCAUCUCCUUCGUCUAUGAGGUUCAUCCUCGCAUCGUGGUCAAGGUCCCACAACCCGAGGAAUUUGAGAGAGAGCAAUUUCAGAAAGAACUCGAGAUUUAUAAGAUAUUUUCGCAACAUCCGCCCUGCCCUUACUUAGUGCAGUGUUUCUUCUACACAGACAACGGCAUUUUCCUCAAGUACAUGCGAGACUUCGAAGCUUGUAUGGCCCCAUAUGGAAGGAUACUCAACGACAAAGACUCGGACCAAGGACGACGUGGAACUUCCGGCUUCCUGGGUCCUCGAACAGAGCAAUUUGCCCUUGGUUCCUUGUAUUACUUGAUAAACUACGGGUUUGAGGUUUAUGGAGACCGAUGCCUUACCGAGGACCCUAAGGAGAAUGGUCCUAAGGUUGUGGAGUUACUGUAG